UCAUCAGGAUUCUUUGAAUGCAAGAAGUCUCCGGUGCAGGAACAUUUUUACAAAUAAAAUACACCAUAACCCGCAUUGUGUCUUACAUUUCCCGGUCUGCAUUUUGAUCGUUUUAAAUAAACAAUCAUAACUUGGAAAAUAUUACAACAACCGACUCACACUUGGUACCAGAUUUUCUUUGAUGGAAUCAUCACAAUAACUUUUCAGUUUGUUGCACUGUAUCCCUGUCACUCUGGUAUGAUUUACACAUAUCACUCUAUCUUGACCAUCAGUAUGGAGAUUCUCGAGGCCCCUGAUCGUAACUGGGGCUAUAAAAUAGAUGGCAAAUAUAAUGGAUUUCUGGGGAUGCUUCAACGAGACGAGAUCGACUUUGGUGGACCUGUUGGACCAGCAGUAGAACGAAUGAAGGUCAUGGAAGAAGCCAGUGCAUACGGAGCUGAGAUAGUCUGUUUAGUGUCUCGUAAUCCUUCACCUCUGCCUAAAUACCUCUCAGUAAUAAGUCCUUUUACUGCAAGUCUGUGGCUGAUGCUGCUGGUGAGUUCUGUGAUGUUGAGUUUGAUCCAGUGGCUGCUGCACAAGAAGUGGAUUUGGUUGACAGGAGUACAUGGAGUGAACCUCAGUUCUGUCAUCUUGUACAACUGGGGCGCGAUACUCAACCAUCCUCCUAAGGACCCGUCUAUCAGUAAUUCAGGAAGAGUGUUGGUAGGUGUGUGGCUGGUGUUCUGCCUGGUCAUAACGACAGGAUACAGCUCAUCAUUAAUCGCACAUCUCACAGUCCAGAGUAAGAGUAAACCUCCGGAAACCUUGGAGGACCUGGUGUCUCUGAACAACUGGAGGUGGGGUAUCGAGUCUUGGAUGAUGAAAGGAUCGCCUGGAUAUAUUUUUUCCACGCAUGCAGAUCCU